CAAAGGCGAAGUGAGGUGCCGAUGGUUCAUUCAUUGAGUUUGGUUGCUGUUGAUGAAGUGGAGUUGUAGGUUCUGCAGUUUUGCCUCAUACAAUGAAAAAACAAUUGUGAGUCAUUACAAAGACAAUCAUGGACGUGGAAGACGGGGUUUCAGCUGUAUAUACCCAAACUGUCUAACAUAUCUCUAAUCCCAUGUGGAAUUUACGCAGCAUAUAAAGGAGCACAAGAAAGACAUUUGCAAAGGGGAAAUGUGUUAAGAAGUCAAAGAAUGGUGAGGUCAACUACUGUCCAGAUCCACCAGAAGGACAGAGUUCUGAAAACAUGGAGGCAAAGCGAAAGAUGUUGGAGGUGGAAAUGCUUAAAGACCCUGAUCACCAGCUGGUGGAACACCUGAUGACAGCUACGUUCCCAGCGCCGAAAAGAGAUUAUUGGAGAUCAGCCACUCGUCGCAGAGGUCCUUUCCAGAUGGCCAGCUCUGUUCCUUGAGAGACAGAUAAGGGCAGAAUUCAAGAGAGUCGUCACCACAGACCUUCUCGAGUGUUUUCUUGACGGACUUGAUGGCUUGGUCCCAAGACUGCUGGAGGUCUACAAAGCUGCAACCAUGUCUGGAAAGAAGCAGGCACUCAAAGACAUUUUGAACUGUCUUGAGAAAGAUGACACAAAUGAAAUGAGGACUGCUGCUUUGCUUGGCCUGCCACAUUACAUAGCCGAAGAUCCAUCAGACGUCAUCAGGAUGUGUGACCCCACUGACGCCCAAAGUGAUGCCCGCUCCUUCCUGACCGAGGAGAUGAUUGCAGAGUUCAAGGCCGCCUUCGACAUGUUCGACACCGACGGUGGCGGUGACAUCAGCACCAAGGAGUUGGGCCAGGUGAUGAGGAUGCUGGGCCAGAACCCGUCGAGGGAGGAGUUGGAUGCCAUCAUUGAGGAGGUGGAUGAGGACGGCAGCGGUACCAUCGACUUCGAGGAGUUCUUGGUCAUGAUGGUGCAACAGCUCAAGGAGGACCAGGCUGGAAAGAGUGAAGAAGAGCUUUCAGAAUGCUUCCGUAUUUUUGACAAGAACGGAGAUGGUUUCGUCGACCGGGAGGAGUUUGGAGAAAUCCUCCAUCUCACUGGAGAGCCAGUGGUAGAAGAGGAUAUUGACGAGAUGUUCGGUGAAGGUGACACAAACAAAGACGGAAAGAUUGAUUUUGAUGAGUUUCUGAAGAUGAUGGAGAACGUCCAGUAGCGAGGGCCAGCUCUACAUUCCUUGGUCACCCUUUCUCAGAGAGAAUACAAAGCACGCUGUCUGAUCAGGAAUCUGCUCAGAGCAUGAUGUUGUUCCUGAGACGUCCCCCCCCAAUCCCCUUCCCACUUGAAACCCAGGAGCUCGGUGACGAAUCCUAUAAAUAUCCGUCCGUUCAAACCUUUUAAGACGAAGGCUAGCCUCCGUUGAGCCAGCUGUCCCCUUUUGCAGCUGCCGCUUCUCCAGAAAUGCUACACCACUUAGCUUAGACACCCCCCCCCCCACCCCACCCUCCUCCUCCUUCAAACUAAAUACCUGCUCCAGCCUGUUCUGUGCUUUCUAAAUAAAUCCACAUUUCUCCUUGUUCAUCUCUGCAAGUUAUUCUGCCGUGCAUGUUUUCAUGCUUGUGUUAAUCUUGUCUGUCUGGCCUUAGGACUCUCUGACACACAACCACACAGAAAGGUGAUCAUACACACCAACACACAAGUACAUGCAAUUUCUACACCACCAACAAUCUACCUUUCCACACACAUUCUUGGUCUUAUCUCUCUAUUCCAGUCCUGAACUUCAAACUAGCCUCCACGCUGCUCUCUGAGCUGCCUAUAUUUGCAUAAACAGUGCUGUGUACCAUCUCCCUGUCAUAUCUGAGGACAUUUUCAAUUAUGUAGUUUAAAUUGAUCCCUCCCAACUAGUUUUCUGUCAUAACUAUCUGCCAUCAAUCUUCUCGUAGUGGUCUCCCAGCACAGAAAUCAAUGCCGCCAGUGGCUCAUCCCCCAGCGCGAGAGGUGAGGCCGAGCAGCCGGCCAGCAUUGGAGGCUCGAGACGGUCGCGGAACCAAUUCUUCAUUUGGAACAUGCAGGUCUCCCUCCGGGUAUAUAGCCUGCAGGGCCCCACCACUUCUCAAAAAGCCAGCAUCCCUCCCCUUCCUUCAUGGCUGCUCCCCUCCUCAGCAUCCUAUCCAUCUCUGCCGUGUCUCGCCUCGGGCCCCUCCCUCCAGGAAGCGCCCACCGUAUAAGGAGAAUCGGGUUGAGUUCAUCUGGCAGUGUGGCACCGGGAUGAGCGGGUGUCUCUCAGCCUAAAAAUCAUCCUGCUAUUCACGGCGAAAGGGGGUGGAGGCAGAGAGAGAGAGAGAGAUGGGGUCCCGGUUUUGGGUUUCACACCCAGAUUGAAACUCCAUCAUCACAAAACCCAUAGCAUACUUUAAAAUCUUAGGCUCCCCCACCACUCUUACAUUUACAAGGCCUAAGAUCUUUAGGAGUAUUAUUUAUUUUUAAAUGCUGUUUUAGGAGAUAGAGACGCCAUAUAGGGAGGAACCUAGUGAAUUCAUUGGAUUUGUGUGAAUGUAUUCUGCUUUUCUGUGUGGCUUCUGUCACAAAAUGUCACUCUUCUUCACAUCCCACCUCCUGAUCACCUCAAUCUUAACAAAACCAGAAGACAGGCAGUGAAAUAUUCUCUUCGCAUUCUCCCCCAAAAGCUGCAUUCUUUCCUGUAGAUUCUUGCACCUUGACCUGGAUCACACAUACAACUCAGAAUUUACCUCUUUUACUUUCUCAAGCCCGCAACUCAAAGAAACGAGGUGCUUUUCCUCUCCAAAGUGUGAUUGGCUUGCCGUAG